AUGGCGACCCGCGGCACUUCGCUGCGCGACCGCCAGAUUGCCUCUUUGAAGAAGAUCCUCAACCUCAACGAGACGGUUCAGUCGAAUGAGACAGAAGAUGCGCAAGCUCAAGCCCUCCAUGCGCCGGUAGCGCCCAUUCUCGACACGGAAGGAAACCCAAUCUGGAAAGUCCUGGUGUUCGAUGACUUCGGUCGCGAUGUCGUUAGCAGCGUGUUGCGACUGGCGGAUUUGCGCAUGAUGGGAGUGACGAUGCACAAGCACAUUGGCACCGCGCGACAUCCGAUACCUGACGUUCCUGUCAUCUACCUGGUCGAACCCAGCGCACAAAAUCUCCAAUCGAUCACGACCGAUCUCGAAAAGGGUCUGUACUCGCCGGCGUACAUCAACUUUCUGUCCUCUCUUCCCCGUCUUCUGCUGGAGGACUUUGCGACGCAGACGGCGACAGCAGGAACGUCAGAACACAUUGCCCAGCUAUAUGAUCAAUACCUCAACUUUAUUGUUACGGAGCCGGACCUGUUCAGCUUGGGCAUGCAAAAGGAACACACAUACUGGGCACUGAACAGUGCUACCACGAGCGACGCGGAGCUAGAGAGGGUGGUGGAUCGCAUUGUCACUGGGCUUUUCAGUGUGGUGGUCACAAUGGGUGUCAUACCCAUUAUUCGAUGUCCCAAAGACGCUGCGGCCGAGAUGGUGGCCGCGCGGCUCGAUCGCAAGCUACGAGACCAUAUUCUAAACUCCAAGGACAACCUCUUCUCCGAAAAACGCCAGGGCGCUGGAGCCACGUCGCAAUCUAGACCUGUGCUUGUGCUCCUCGAUCGCAACGUGGACUUGACGACGAUGCUAUCUCACUCAUGGACAUAUCAGUCCCUCGUCCACGACGUCCUCAAGAUGUCGCUGAACAGGAUCACGCUCGAACUCCCGAAAGACGACAGCAACCCUAGUGCAGGAACGUCAAGGAAGGUUUACGACGUGAACUCAAAUGAUUUCUUCUGGACGAAGCACGCGGGUGCACCCGUUGUCGAGGCUGCCGAUUCGGUCGACGCGGAGUUGCUGAAAUGGAGGGAAGAGUCGACAGCCAUGACACAAAAGGCCGGUGCCUCCAACUUUGAAGAUCUGGAAAACGAGACGAGCGCGGCGACCCAGCAUCUGAAGGCGGUGAUAGGCGAGCUGCCGGAGAUGCAGGAACGCAAGGCGACGUUGGACAUGCACAUGAACAUUUUGACGGCGAUAUUCAACGGCAUCAAGACAAGGCAGGUGGACAAUUUCUUCCAGCUUGAGGAAGAGGUCAUGAAGCAGACCAAGGAUCAGAUCAUGGAAGUCGUCAAGGGUGAGGACAAGGGCAACGACCCCACGGACAAGCUGCGACUGUUUAUCAUCUGGUUCCUCAGCACCGAGCAAGAGCUCAACCGCACCGAGUUUGAAAGUUUCACCAAGGCCCUCGAGGCUGCCGGGGCAGACGUGUCAUCGCUGCCCUAUAUCCGACAAGUACGCGCUACGACUAAGAUGACUCAACUCGCAACCGUCAACAAGACGCAGCCCCAACAACAAGGCAGCACAGACCUCUUUGGCCGAUUCUCUUCAAUAUCAACGCGUCUCACCGACCGCCUGAAGGAGACUGGCGUCCAUACUGGACUGUCAUCCAACUUUGAGUCGCUCGUCAGCGGCGUGAAAAACUUCUUGCCGGUUGACAAGGACCUGACGGUGACGAAGAUUGUAGAAUCGAUAAUGGACCCCUCCCAGGCCUCAUCGUCAGCCAUUGCCAAGACAGAAAAUUAUCUGUACUACGAUCCACGGUCAGCGAAUGCACGUGGUGCCAUGCCACCACCAAGCACGUCGCGACAGGGCAACAGCAAUAUGCCAGGCGGUCUCCCUGGGUCGAUGGGGCAGACGGCCAGCUUCGGUCAACGUAGGCAAGGGUACAGUCAGGCGAUUGUGUUCACCAUUGGCGGCGGCAGCAUGGAGGAAUACGGCAACUUGCAGGAUUGGGUCACGAGGACGGGCGGAGAAACAGCCCGUAGAAGGGUGGUGUACGGGAGCACGGAAAUGAUCAACGCGGCCGAGUUCAUCAAAGAGGAGCUCCAGCGGCUGGGCCAGGAGGUGGCGGCGUGA